AUGAAGUGCAGAUGGCUACUGCUGGCGGCGCUGGCCGCCGAAGCCAUCGCAAUCACCACCCGAUCGGACAGCAGCAGCGGUGGAAACCCGAUCCGAAAGGUAGUCAGAAUGAUGCAGAAGAUGGGAGAGAAGAUUGAGAAGGAGGCCAAAACUGAAGCAGACCUCUACGAGAAGUUCGAAUGUUAUUGCAAGGGCACAACUGCUGAGCUUCAGCAGAGCAUACAGCAGGCGGAGAGCAAUCCGCUGUCUCAAGCCGACAUUGAUGAGAAAAAGGCAGAGAUCGACUCCCUCCAGCAGGAGGUCACCAAGCUGAAGGAGGACCGGCUGGCUGAGGAGGAGAGCUUGAAGGCGGCUAAGGCUCAGCGUUCCAAGGAGCACGAUUCCUUCGUGAAGGAGGUCACUGAAGAGAAGCAGGUGGUCACAACCAUCGAUAAAGCCGCUGAAGCCAUCACAGGCACCGAGACCGCAGCAUCCUUCCUGCAGAUUGCCGACUCUGACGGUCAGGUUUCCCGGCUCCUUCGCUUGCUGGACAGCGAUCUACGCCUUGAUAGCUCGGACAAGCGCCAGGCAGCCGCCUUCCUGCAAGGCGACCGCAGCGCUGCCGAUCCCGGUAUGGUGGUCGGCAUGCUCUCAGGCAUUAAGGAUGAGACCAAGGCGGAGAUCAAGACAGAGACCAAAACCGAGGAGGAAUCAGAGGAGAGCUUCACUGGAGUGAAAAAGUCCAAGACAGUGGAGAUCUCCACGCUGCUGAACCAGUUCGAACGCAAGAUGAAAAGGAUUGGAGAGUUGAAGGUUGAGGUGGUCAAUCUGGAGCGACAGCUGUCAGAGCAGGGCAACUCCCUUGAGGACGAUAAGAAGAUGCUCGCGGAGCUGCAAAAGAGCUGUGCUAAGAAGGCGGAGGACUGGGAGAAGCGACAAGCUGCCCGACAGGAAGAGCAGCUGGCUCUGCAGGACACAAUCAAGAUUUUGAAUUCGGACGAGUCGUUGGAUACCUUCCGGAAGCGUAGCACUUCGCUGAUCCAGCUCUCACGAAGUCGAGAGAAGGUUCGCCGCGAGGCUCUUAGCAUCCUCCGCAGCAAGAAAAGGGACCAUCCAGAGCUAAACUUCCUGGCUUUAGCUCUGUCGGGACGUAAGGCAGACUUUGGGAAGAUCCUGAAAAAGAUUGACGGCAUGGUUGCUUUGCUGGAGAAAGAGCAGGAAGAUGAUGAGACAAAAAAGGGCUACUGCAAGAAGGAGUUCCGCGACAACGCAGAUAAGUCCAAGGUGCUGGACUCCAAGAUUCAGUCACUCAAAGCCGGCUUGGCAGAGAAGAAAGAGACAAUUGCCAAGCUCACAGAGGACAUCAAGGCUCUGCAAACAGGCGUUGCCGAUUUGGAUAAGUCCGUCGCCAAAGCCAGUGAGAACCGGAAAGCAGAGCACACGGAAUUCCAGGAGAGCAUGUCCUCCAAUUCGGCGGCCAUCGAUUUGUUGAGCCUGGCUCGAGACCGCCUGAACAAGGUUUACAAUCCAAGCAUGGUGGCAGAGACCACCACCAAGAGUCCAUACGAUUUGUCGCUGCUUCAGCUGUCGUCCAAGAUUGCACAGCCUCCUCCAACCUUUGAGGGUGGCUACCAGAAGAACUCAGAGGGCAGCAACGGAGUUCUGAAGAUGAUCGAUACCUUGGCAUCUGACAUUGAGAAGGAAAUGGCGGUUGCCAAGACAGAGGAAGCAGACGACCAGGAGGAGUACGAAGAGACUGUCAAGGACGCGGCAAAGAAGCGACAGGCAGACCUGGAGCUUGCCACACGGAAGGCAGCUGAGAAGUCCGAGAUCGAGGGUGACAUCAGUGAUGACAAGAAGGAUUUGGGCGGAAAGAAGAAGGAGCUUGGAGCUGCGCAGCAAUACGCGGCGGAUUUGCACGAGGACUGCGACUGGCUGUUGAAGAACUUUGACUUGCGAGCGCAGGCACGUACCGAAGAGAAGGAGAGCUUGAUUCGGGCGAAGACUGUCCUAGGAGGCAUGUGA